AUCAUGCAGCGCUGCAGCCGCCUGCUCCUCCGCCGAGCCGCCAUGUUGUCGGAGUGAAAGCCCGGGGUGUCACGGAGAAGCUGGGGCCAAAAUCCGCGACCAUCCGCCCUCUCCGCCGACAGGCUGUGGUGGAAUGAGCAGUGUGUGUGUGUUGAAGAGGAAAGCAGUGCUCUGGCAGGAUUCAUUCAGCCCCCACCAUAGAAGUACAUCUCCCAGCAUGCCUGUAGUGCUGAGCAGCGGAGGACAUGCCCCCCCAACUGGACCGAUUCCUCAGGCCACACCCCCCAGCCAGCAGGGUGGAGCAGGGGCUGGACGUUCCCAGGAUGAUGCCAUGGUAGACUAUUUCUUCCAGCGACAGCACGGAGAACAGCCCGGCAAACACCGCUGGCCCACUGGAGACAACAUCCAUGACAGCCAGUGGGCUCUCUAUGUGCAGGUACGGUCCAUGGACGAGCUGAACCAUGACUUCCAGGCUCUGGCUUUGGAGGGACGUGCGAUGGGAGAGCAGCUCCUAACUGGUAAGAAGUUCUGGGAGACGGACGACUCUGGGAAGGAUGGACCAAAAGGGAUAUUCCUGGACCAGUGGAGGGACAGUGCGUGGGGCGCCUCAGAUCACUCUGUGUCUCAGCCAAUCAUGGUGUCCCGUCGGCCGGGGCAGGGUUUCCAUGGCGGAGGAGAAGUGGGGGUUGGUUCGGUGAUGUCACCACGGUCUGAAAGUGGGGGGCUGGGAGUCAGCAUGGUGGAGUACGUUCUCUCCUCAUCACCAGCGGACAAACUGGAUUCCUGCCUCCGAAAAGGACCAUAUGGACAGAGGGAUGGAGAAGUGGAAGAAGAUAAGAGGGAGAAGCCAAAAACGUUUGAGGGAGAGAAACUAAAAGAGUUAACAGAAGGUGAAUCUGACGUCAUUAAUGAUGUCAUCAGUGAUGUCAUCAACCCGAAUGGGCUGCCUGUACAGAACGGCCUGGACGUCGACGUGAAGGAGUUUGGUCGUCCUCCAGGCAACAUGCCCGCCCCGGGUCCCGAGAGUGACCUGCUGGGAGGCCCCGGGGGUGUCGGGGCCGAGGGCUUGACACCUCUGGGGGGCGGCGGAGGCCCCAAACCUCCCGAGGACUUCUCUGGUGUUGAACAAGGUGGUGUUACCAUGGACCCCAUGGAGUCUGUGAUGGAGCCACUUCAGUUUGACUACAACUCUCAGAUGCCCAUGGACUCUCAACCCACCGUGGGGUUGUUUGAUUACACCAACCAGCAGCAGCUGUUUCAGAGAAACAAUGCCCUCGCCGUGCAGCAGUUAACAGCAGCCCAGCAACAGCAGUACGCACUGGCAGCUGCACAGCAGCCUCACAUCGGUCUGGCUCCAGCAUUUGUGCCCAAUCCUUACAUAAUCAGUGCUGCACCACCAGGCACAGACCCCUACGCGGCAGGACUGGCGGCAGCAGCUACACUUGGCCCAGCGGUAAUGCCUCCCCAGUACUAUGGCGUUACGCCUUGGGGGGUCUAUCCAGCCAACCUUUUCCAGCAGCAGGCUGCUGCAGCCAACAACUCAGCCAAUCAGCAAGCAACGGGCCAGGGCCAGCAGAACCAACAGCAGGUGAUGCGUGCUGGAGGAAACCAGCGCCCUCUGACCCCCAGCCAGAGCCAGCAAGGUCAGCAGAAUGACCAGCUGGUGGCGGCAGCAGCGGUAAACUCGGCUCUUGCCUUUGGGCAGGGGUUAGCAGCCGGGGUUCCUGGGUACCCAGUCUUGGCACCUGCAGCCUAUUAUGAUCAAACGGGGGCCCUGGUGGUCAACACUGGAGCCCGGAGUGGGCCUGUCCGCCUUAUGGCCCCCGCCUCCGUCAUUAUAUCUCCUUCUGCAGCACAAGCAGUCGCGGCAGCAGCAGCCUCUGCAGGCGGUGCCAACGGUGGUUUGGGUGGAGGUGCUAAUGGUCCGUUUCGUGCCAUGACGUCCCAGCAGCAGCAGCAGCAGGGCGGCCCUGGGGGUGCGCUGGGAGGGAGCUCCUUCUAUGGAUCUUCGUCCCUCAGCUCUUCAUCUCAGAGCUCCUCGCUUUUCUCACAGGGCUCCGGCCAGCCCGGACCAGGGUCGGCCUCACUGGGCUUCAGCCAGCCCGGCUCAUCCUCUCUCGGUGCCACUCUUGGAGCAACGCUAGGAGGUUUUGGUACUGCAGUGGCCAACUCAAGUGGUGGCAGUGGUUCCAGGCGAGACUCUCUCACAGGCAACACUGAGCUGUACAAGCGCACACCCUCCAGCCUCACACCCAUUGGCCAUGGAGGUUUCUAUAACAGCACAUUGGGCUUCAGUCCAUCUCCUGGGCCUGUGGGAAUGCCCCUACCCAACCAGGGACCAUCCCACUCCCUCACACCCCCACCCUCCCUGUCCAAUCACAGCUCUUCAUCCAACCUCAAUCUUGGAGGCCUGACCAAUGGCAGUGGCCGUUUCAUCUCUGCAGCCCCGGGAGCAGAGGCCAAGUACCGCAGUGCCGCCAGCUCAGGCUCCUCCCUCUUCUCACCCAGCAGCCAGCUGUUCCCGUCAUCACGGUUACGCUACGGGAUGUCUGACGUGAUGCCUUCAGGCCGGAGCCGCCUGCUGGAGGACUUCAGGAACAACCGCUUCCCCAACCUGCAGCUCAGAGACAUUGCUGGCCACAUCAUGGAGUUCAGCCAGGACCAGCAUGGCAGCAGGUUUAUCCAGUUGAAAUUAGAGCGAGCGAGUUCAGCUGAGCGCCAGCUUGUCUUCAGCGAGAUUCUGCAGGCGGCGUACCAGCUCAUGGUGGACGUCUUCGGAAAUUACGUAAUCCAGAAAUUCUUUGAGUUUGGCAGCCUGGACCAGAAGCUGGCUUUGGCUGAGAGGAUUCGAGGCCAUGUGCUGUCUCUAGCCCUACAGAUGUAUGGCUGCAGGGUCAUUCAGAAAGCUCUGGAGUUCAUCCCCUCAGAUCAACAAGUCAUUAGCGAGAUGGUGCGGGAACUGGACGGCCAUGUGUUGAAGUGUGUGAAGGACCAGAACGGUAACCACGUGGUGCAGAAGUGUAUUGAAUGUGUCCAGCCUCAUGCACUGCACUUCAUCAUCGAAGCCUUCAAGGGACAGGUCUUCGCCCUCUCCACUCACCCAUACGGCUGCCGAGUCAUCCAGCGCAUUCUUGAACACUGCCUCCCCGAACAGACGCUGCCGAUACUAGAGGAGCUUCAUCAACACACAGAGCAGCUAGUGCAGGACCAGUAUGGGAACUAUGUGAUCCAGCACGUUUUAGAGCACGGACGAGCCGAGGAUAAGAGUAAGAUAGUGGCGGAGAUAAGAGGCAACGUACUGGGACUCAGCCAGCACAAGUUUGCCAGCAACGUGGUGGAGAAGUGUGUGACCCACGCGUCCCGGGCAGAACGUGCGGUGCUGAUAGACGAAGUGUGCAGCCUGACUGAGGGCCCCCACAGUGCCUUAUACACCAUGAUGAAGGACCAGUACGCCAACUAUGUGGUUCAGAAGAUGAUUGACGUGGCGGAGCCGACGCAGAGGAAAAUCGUGAUGCAUAAGAUCCGGCCCCACAUCUCCACCCUGAGGAAGUACACGUACGGGAAACACAUUCUCGCCAAGCUGGAGAAGUACUACAUGAAGAACGGCGUGGACCUGGGUCCUCUUUGUGGUCCUCCUAACGGCAUUAUGUAAACGGCCCACAACCUUCACCCCACCCUGCAAUCACAUCUACCAUCUGACCCCCAACCCCAACCCCCGCCCCGACUCCCUUGUAUCGGCACGUCUACCUGCCCCCCGCCACACUGUCCCCAUCAGACUCUUUCAGAAAUCACGGCCACAACCCCCCCCCCCUGCAGAUCUCCCCUAUUAGGAUGCAGAGUAAACAUCAUACCCCCCACCCCUGGAAACCCUUUGGAAGGACCCUGUUGCCACAGGUAGCCUUAGGUGUGUUUAUUUGUUUCCCCCGCUCAAUCCCAGUCCUGCUGAACUGGGGGAAGGAGUGCAGUAGGUGGAGUGAGAGGUGAGCCCUGAUCCCCCUUUCUUCACUCCUUUGUAUUUUUCUCUCGCUCUCCUUCCGUUUUCAUUAUUUCUAAUGAACUCAAGAAUCAUUUCACCGUUUUCUCUGCUGCACACUUGAGUCCUAGCGUCCUCCCUCCCUCGUAAUUUACCACUAUGAAAUGGAAUGAGUGUUUAAUUUUGUUUGACAUCACAGAAUCAUCGGCGAAUACACACGCGCCAUCAGCUAACCAGCAGACAGAUCAUUUAGCAUGGGAGAUUCGUUUUCUGGUCUUGCUUCUACAAAUAUAACAUGUAUACUUGGUGUAGACCUUUGCAUAUAUAUAUAUAUAUAUAUAUAUAAAUAUAUAUAUAUAAAACUUUAUAGUUUUUUCUGGUUUUUGAUGUUGAAUCUGUAUCUAUAAUGUAUCCUAGUAGUGACCACAUACUUCUGACUGUAUAAUUGUACAUUUGUAAACCCUUGUAAUGUAAAAGUGCUUUACCACCCUUUUUGGUAUGAGAAGAAAAAAAAAAAGAAAAAGCCUACUCUGGAAAAAAAACAAAACAAAAAAAAAACUGUGCAUUUCAGUGUAUAUUCUCACCUCCUUGGUUGUGACAUAUGAGUUAUUGUAUAUUGUAAAUUGUAAUAUCAAAUUUUUGUUUUGAAAAGCCCUUUCUAUACAGCGUAGUACUUGUACAAAGAUUCAACACGCUCGCUUUUAUCUUUAUCUCGUCACUGCUUAACUUAAGACUUCAGUAUCCCACUGACUCCUAAUUGGACACGUUCUCUUAGCUCUUCUAGUGUCCUCUGGCUUAUGUUAAAGGUUGUUUUUGUUUGUUUUUUUAAUCUUUUUAUAGGAAUACUUUACCCCAUGGGUUGGUUGUGUAUUGGUAUGCUGGCUGGGUGGGAUUAAUAACAUUUGCUCAGUUGUCCCCCCCGCCCCCUCUUAUUACCCACGACCGUUUUCAGGGGUAAACCCAUGAUUGUACAGAGGAGAUUCUUGUGGGUUUUGUUUGUUUUUCUUUCUCUUUUUUGGCAUUUCUCUAGUGCUGUAAGUGCUGUAUCAUACUGUUUAUGUCAUUUUUGGGUGAGAAAGGCAGCCCACCACAAUGCAGUGUACAUUUGAAGCAGCCUUGUGUAUAUUUACUACGAGCACACCUGUAACCAUAAGUGUAUAGUAAACAGAACCUGUGUAUGCUUAUUGCCUGGGCAACUAUUUUUUGUAACUCCUGUUGUAGAUUGUCUCUAAACAAUUGUGUGAUCUUUAUUUUGAAACCAAACUGAACAAAAACAAAAAAACUUUGAAAAUUUAA